AUGUACGGCUCUCCGGAUGAUGGUAGCGUUAUCAGUCGCCCCGACACGCCGAGCCACUCUGAGACGAUAUCGGACAGCGACGUUGUUCGCGAUGCCAAGCAUGUUCACUGGCACCCUCUCACCGUCAUUCCCGACGCAGCCGGUAGCCUUCGAUCCAGCGUCGAUCAGGACGCCUUUGCGGCACAGCCCAACAAACGCUUUCGAGGUGUCAGAGCCAGAAUCAAAGCCGUGGCCAGGUUCCUGUCCAAUUCCAAGGAGCAGGACCAGUCCGCGACCGCUCAGCCUCCAAGCGAUACGUCGGACAGCGUAGACACUGCUCAGACAUCAACUACGCAUGUUGUCAACGAACUUCCAGCUGAGCAUCAGGCUCGCAGUCCUCGGAUGAAGGCAUCCGAGGUGACGGCAGAAGCCAACCAGCGAGACGCGGUUGCGGUUCUCGAGGCGAUCCGCGAGCGUCUCGACCCUGAGGGCAGCACCACCUCAACUCUCCAUCCACUGCCGCCUCUUCCGCAACUGCCCCAGCCCCCGACGCCGGUUCUGGUCCCACCCGUGGCGAUGAGCCCGAAGAAAAGGCAUACCAACGGUUUUGAGGAUGCACUGGGUAAGGGUCGACCUGACUUUGCGCACAUGCAAGCCAGUGUAUCGCGUCCAGCUGUUCCGCCUCCGAUCCGAUCGGUCAGCCGUCCACUCCCGCCCACACCCGUGCAUGCUCCCAUACCUCGCUUUGGCAAAGUGGACAGUCUCCACUCAAAGCCUCUUCCGGCGUCAACGUUUAGUCUCGGUGUAUUUCAAGACAAGAAACGAGUCGAUCAGUUCGCGCGUGCAGCAGCCGAAAUCCCCACGCAUGGCGACAGCACCAACGCCGACAAGCCUCGAGCAUACCGCGUCAACCACCAAGUGGACGCGCAUCGACUCGCCGACGAGCUCGAGAGCCUCAUCUCAUCGUCCGCUCGCCGACGCAAGCCUCGGUCCGACUUUUCUUCCGACACCACCCGGCUUGCCGACAGCAGUCGCGAGGCGCAAUGUGGUUGGCGUCCCGACGCCUCGCCCGGAUUCCCCAGGCACGAGACGUUCGGACAAGUGCACGCACAUGCCUCGAGCGCUGCAACCUCGAUGUUCGCCAACGAGUCCGAGCCCGAGGCGAUCAAGAGGAUCCAGACGUGGCGCGUGCAGAUCACCAACCCGCCAUCCGUACUUGGCUCGCAGUGCGCGUCGGCCCAUUCGGGUCUGUACACGGACGGAGGCCUGUCAUCCCACCUGACCUCGAUCAGUCGCAGCCCGCUCUCGAAGGACAACAAGCCCCGAAGCCAGGUCGACGAUGCGCAGAAGACGCCGGUACUGAAGUCUCGAGCGCUUCCCAACGGCAGACAUCGUCUCGCGGAGGAAAGCCGUCGCAACAAAGAAGGCCGUAGUCACCGCGAAUUGCGUGGGCGGGAUGCCAAGACAAACACUGACGGCUGUCAUGGUAUCGGCACGCGCCACAUUGCUCGACUCACCGACUCGCAGUUCGAGCGACUCGCUCGUGCGACCGAAGCCCUGCGCACGCAAGGUUGCAUGAGCCCCGAAGCAUCGUCGAUUCCCGACGACGUGCCAGAGGCCGACAAGCCUACGCCUCAACUCGGCAUCGGAGCUGAAGAUGGGGAGCGUCGAAGCUCUGUCGACGCGGCGCGGACCACACUUUCCGUGCUGGAAGCCCGCGCAACGCCGCACAUCGAGACGCUCGACGCCAUGAUCCGUCGCCACCCGGACAAGAUGUACAAGCUCUUCCAGAAGCGUCCUGGUCUCAUGCUUGUGUUUCUGCUUCGGUGCAAGAUCGAAGACCGUCUCUCGCAGGUGCCUUCGCUCGCAAAUGCCGAGCCUGUAUCCAAAGCAGAGGCAACCGAGAAGGACAUCGACUUGCUCGAAGGCUCACUCAUCGACCUGCACUUUGACGCCGACCCUGUCCAGCCUUCCGCCCCCAAGCAGGGCAGAGAGGUGAGUGCAGUACCGAGCAUUGUCAUUUCACACGCCACAGGUAGCACCCCCACCAGCACCGAUGCGACCCCGCAAGCCACGCAGUCCCCCCACGCCAGCCAGAGCCCAGAGGUGAGGGCGGGAAGCGACAAGACGCUGCACGAGAUUGUGUGCCGUCUCGAAAAGGCAGGUGAACUGUGCACCAUGCAGCACGCGCUGGUUUCUAUCCAGAACCGCCUCAUCAAUACCACCGACACGUGCACCCAGCUCAGCGACCGUCUCAGCAAGCUCGAGCAGGUUGUCUUCUCCCCGCCCAGUGUCUCGCACACUCCAUCCACAUCGUUUUCCAUGCAGGUUUGA